GUGCUGCAGGUGACGCCGAGCGGCGCGCUGCUGGUGCAGGGCCCGCCCGAGGAGGUGGGCGGGCGGGUGCUCGCGCACUACGCGUCGCCCGUGGCGGUGGCGGCGGCCACGCUGCUCUUCGCCGCGCUGCUGCCGCUCGCCGGCCUGCUCUUCUGCUGCGCGCGCUGCUGCUGCUGCCGGCGCCGCCCGCCGCCCCCGCCUGCCAGCCGCCGCGCCAAGCGCCGCGCCGCCUGCCGGCGCGCCGCCCUCGGCCUGGCGCUUGCCGCCGCCGCCACCGCCAUGCUAUUUGGAGUGGUCUGCGCCUUCGUCACAAAUGAGUACAUGCAAGAAGGCUCCGAUGCACUGCCAGGCAGACUACGUGUAGCCACAAUGGACGCACGACUUUACCUCAAUAAUACUCGACGCCAUAUGAGCCACCUUCUAGUCACCAACUUUCAUGAGCUGCGUGACAACUUGGAGCAUUCGUUGAACAGUACUGGUCAGCUUAUGAUAGCAGGAUUGAAAACCGUCUCGAACGCCACUGUUCUCGACAAAGUGGCGAACCUUACUUCGAUGUUGGACAGUGCACAGCAAGAUCUGCACAUGCUUCACAAUCUCACCCACGACGCUCACGAAGCUGCUCGAGAUCUUGACAAAGAACUGCGGGCCCUGCGCGCGCGCGUCGACGCCCUGCACAAGCGCUGCAAGGACCAGCUCGCGUGCCGCGACGCCCUCAACGCCUCCGCAGCGGCCGCCGACGCAGACUUCUCGCAGUUGUUGGAUCGGCACUUCCCGAAGGUAAGCAUAUAAGCCAGGAAUUUCAUGUCAGUGAAAUUUCAUUCUCGUUAAAAUGGUAUUUUUCUAUACCUCUGUAAUGUUUUGGGUAAGUUCUGAAAUAAUUUUUGGUUGGCAUGGUGUGAUAUGGAUAAAGAGACUUGUAGAGUUAACUCGCGAAUUGUUGGUGUUUAUAUAUAU